GUUUAUAUGCAACACGGAUGUAUGGAUCUGUUCUGCUGUACCUGUUGGUGGUGGUGUCCUAUAAUUCUGGAGAAUUGCUGUGUCCCGAGAUCGCAGAACUUGGCUCCACUGUCACUCUCAGCUGUAUAAAAGGAAUCGCCACAAGAGCCCAUUCCUACUCAACUCCUAUUGGAACUACCGCUGCAACUUGUGAUUUGUCAAAAGGAUACUGCAUAAAUCUUGGUGACUUUACAGCAUCUGCCCUGAACGAGUCCUCUAGUUUCCUCACUAUACCGCGCCUACUGGAGAUACACGCUGGUGACUGGGCAUGUGUUGUAGAUGCAGAUGACCCAAACCCCGAUACGUGUAAUGUAACUGUGCAAAAGAGUCCAUCAUGUCGAAUAACAAGCACACAGAACACCAGAGCACUCAUUGCUGCUGAAGAACUUUCACUGACAGUCUACGUGAGAAGCUUCUACUGCUCUGAGUCAGUUAUCAUUGGAGUGAAGACGGGGAAUAUCACAAGUCAUUCUAUCAAGGAAACUGUUACCAAGGUGACGGACAGCACUGAAAACGUAACAUUUAACAUGACGGCAUCCCACUUUGGAAACGUGACCCUUGUGUUUUCCUGUGGCACCAAGAACCAGCACGUGCUUUGUGAGGGCAUACAGUCUCUGGUUGAAAGUGUUCCUACGGUACCAACGACCCAAACUGCCGUCACAAACACAUCCACAACGCAGCGAGGAUCAACGGGUGGUGAUCAGAACACAGCUGUCAUCAUUUCAGUUUCCGUUGUCAUAACAAUCGCAAUCUUCACAAUCAUCUUGGUCGUUUUGUGGAGGAGGAGGAGGCAAAUCAGCCCGGCGUCUCAUCGUUCAAAGAAGUAUGUUAACGUCCACUACGUGUCUAAUGCAGAAGCAGGUUGUCAGGUGGAUAAAGAUAGGAAGGCCAAGAACGAGACGGACCUUCAGGUGGGCAAGAAAGAAGGGAGGGCUACGCACGAGACAGACAUUCAGGUUGGCAAAGAAGAUGGGAUGGUCAAGCACGAGACGGACCUUCAGGUAGGCAAAGAAGAUGGGAGGGCCAAGCACGAGACAGACCUUCAGGUAGGCAAGGACGAUGGGAGGGCCAAGCACGAGACAGACCUUCAGGUAGGCAAGGAAGAUGGGAAGGCCAAGCACGAGGCAGACAUUCAGAUGGGCAAAGAAGAUGGGAAGGGCAAACACGAGGCAGGCCUGCAGGUGGACAAGGACAGGCCUUCAGGUGGGCAAAGAUGCUGA